CAGUAUCUCCUUCCGGGUCACCCUGUUACUGACCGAGGCUUCCUCGCAGCCGACUCUGCCUCCUCAGGGUUCCGCUGCUGCCGGCAUUUUGUUAAAGGAAGAUCCUGUCUGCUGCGUGGAAAAUGGACUGGAACACGGAGAGACCGUGCAGGAAUCAGCUAUAGAAGGCCAAGUAAGACGUGCGAGGCCAGAAGACACCGUCAGAUCUCCUGAGACCGGAGUUAUAGAAGCAGAAGCUGUGAGCUGCCGUGGGGGGCCAAGCAGGUCGCUGAGGGGCGCAGGCAUGUGGAUGGAAACCCUGCUGGGAGAAAACAGAAACUCCUGAAGGGACUGACAUGGGACAGCAGCAUGGAUCCAGGAAUGGUCUCCCCCACAGAGACGUCCCCCGGGGCGUGGGGCUGCUGCUCGCUAUGGCCCUUAUGAACGUGGCCCUCUACCUCUGCCUCGACCAGCUUUUCGUCUCCCCGGGACGACCCGCGGGGGGCUCCGGGCGCUGCCCUCCAGGUCACUUCAGAAUGGGGCGGAUGAGAAACUGCUCGCGCUGGUUGUCCUGUGAGGAGCUGAGGACGGAAGUCAGGCAGCUGAAGCGCGUGGGGGAAGGAGCCGUGAAGAGGGUCUUCCUGUCUGAAUGGAAGGAACAGAAAGUCGCUCUCUCCCGGCUCACCAGGCUGGAGAUGAAGGAUGACUUCCUACACGGACUGCAGAUGCUCAAGUCUCUACAGAGUGAGCACGUGGUCACGUUGGUGGGCUACUGUGAGGAAGAUGGCACUAUCCUCACCGAAUAUCACCCCUUAGGCUCCUUGAGCAACCUGGAGGAAACGCUAAACCUUUCAAAGUACCACGAUGUGAAUACUUGGCAGGACAGGCUGCAGCUGGCCAUGGAGUACGUCAGCAUCAUUAACUACCUGCACCACAGCCCCCUGGGCACAAGGGUCAUGUGUGACUCUAACGACCUGCCCAAGACGUUGUCCCAGUACCUGCUAACAAGUAACUUCAGCAUUGUGGCAAACGACCUGGACGCCCUGCCCCUGGUGGACCACGACGCUGGGGCACUUGUAAAGUGUGGCCACAGGGAGCUCCACGGGGACUUCGUGGCACCCGAGCAGCUGUGGCCCUAUGGAGAAGACACACCCUUCCAAGAUGAUCUCAUGCCCCCCUACGAUGAGAAGAUUGACAUCUGGAAGAUUCCGGAUGUCUCCAGUUUCCUUUUGGGGCACGUGGAAGGGAGUGAUAUGGUUAGAUUCCAUUUGUUUGAUAUCCAUAAGGCGUGUAAGAGCCCGAUCCCUGCAGAAAGACCCACUGCUCAGAACGUUCUAGACGCUUACCAGAAGGUUUUCCAUUCUCUCCGAGACACUGUGAUGUCGCAGACAAAAGAAAUGCUGUAAAAGCGAGCCGUUGAGUGGUGUGCUUUACGGCCGCUGUAAAAAACCGAGUCGUUGAGUGCUGUGCUUUACGGCUGAAUGGCGUCCCAGCUGUUCUACUCUUGGUGAUGGAGGAGCUUUGGAUGGAUGGGUGUUGACCCUGGCUGUUCAGCCGCGUAGGCCCUCCUCUACAUCCGCCUGCACAUUUCAGUGUCCUGCCCUCCUGGCAACCUGGAUUGAAGCUGCCAAGCAAGAGAGCCUUGCUUCACGGUGCUUCUGGUGAAGAUGCAGAGGAUUCUGGGUCUGCGGUUUAAAGGGAGUGAUCCAGUGGAAACCCUGAAGACAUGUUGCCCGCCCUGGUAACCGUUUUUAAAGACCAGCAGGAAACAGAAAUCUUUCAGUGACCAUUUGUGGAAACAAAAGAAAAAAACCCACUCGUUCCCCAGAGACAAUUUCUCCUAAUUCAAAAAGCCCCGUUGGAAACCGGGGACGUUUCCACUCAGUGGCAGGGCACUGGCCCAGUUAUGUGCAAAGCCUUGGAUCUGACCCGAGGCGUGUGCAUGCAUACUCGUGCUCAAACAAAGGAAACCCCAGGUGCCAGAAGUGCGCCCCUCUCCUUGUCAAUGAUGUCAUUGUCAGUGCUGGAGAUGAUUUUCUAUGAGCAUUUUAUGCUGACUCACUGAGCCAUGUGUGUAUGGUCUUGAGCUACUGUGUGGGUUCUUCUUUCUCCCACCCUAUUUCUUCCCUCUCUUCCCUCUAACACUAGAUAGGAGAGAAGAGGAGAAAAGCAAGUGGACAACAUUAUUGUUAGACUGCUUCCUGCUGGUUAGGGGGCGUCGAGUUCCUCAGAGCAGUGAUGUUUGCUGUCAGGAUACCUAGUUUCUUUUUGUUUCUUCUUUGCUCAUGACUACUUCACAAACAGCGACCAACAGCAACCAGCAACCCACUCUGCCUCUCCGGGGCCCUAGCAGUUAUAUACCUGUGAAAAAUCGCCAGAAGUCCAGACAUCACACAAUCACAGAAACUAUCUGCAGCUGGCAAAACUUCACCCCUGCUAGAGCAUGAGACAAAUCAUAAUCAGCUGCUGUGGACAAUCUGAAGCAGCCCUGUAUCCCACACCUGGGAUUAAAACAAAAACAUUAUCUGUAUUUUGUUUUGUUUGUUGUUUUUUUUUUAAAGAAGCCAAAGUGCACCAUGAUAGCAUGCUCUUGAGAUUGUGAAAGUCUAGAAAUGUUUGGAAAAGCGAGAUGAAGGAACUUUCUUACCUGCCUUGGAUGGUGCUUUGAAAUUCCUGCUGACCUGGAGUUUCUGUGUGAAUAUUUCUAUCCAGUGUCUCUCUGUACUAGAAAGUACCGAGCCUGCCCUGGGCUUGCAUGAUUGAACACUCUAAAACAUUGUGGAGCCAGGAUGAUGGUGCCCACCUGUAAAUCCAGCACCUGGGAGACAGGAGGAACCAGGAGUGCAGGGUUAUCCUGGGCUAUAUAUACUGUGGCCCUGUCUACCCCCACCCCCACCCUCAAUGAAAAAACAAAAAGGUCUCCCUGUG